AUGAUACCAAAAGAAUGGCCCACUUUUGACGCUCUGCCCCUAGACAAAAACGGCCCACCAGGUAACGCGUGGGGUCUCUUCGGACCAGACGACCAACUAGGCAUGCUGAACCUCCUCACGCCGGACGUGGUAGCAGCCGCAGCAAAAGAGAUUCAGAAAGGAGUCCGGAUAUCACUAGAUUGGCCACUUGAUAAGCCAUCUUUCCCGACAGAUGAGCGAAAGGUGUUCGAACAUCGGAUUGUGCAUCAUCCCUCCGUGCCUAUGAAUGAUGAUGAAGUGCAUAUGAAUACGCAGAGUAGCACGCAGUGGGAUGGAUUUCGGCAUUUCGCGUAUCGAUCUGGGCGAUUCUACAACGGACAUCAACAAUCUGAUUUCGAUACGAAUGUCCUUGGGAUUGAUCAUUGGACAGAAAAAGGAGGAAUCAUCGGUCGCGGAAUUCUAAUUGACUACGCGGACUGGGCUAUGCGCAAUGGCAAAGAUCUCAACCCCCUUGAAUCAGGAAGUGUUACGAUUCAAGAAAUCCUAACCAUUAUCAAAGAGCAGCAUAUUCAAAUUCGAGCUGGUGAUAUACUUUUUCUUCGAGUUGGGUUUACGGCUGUUUAUAACUUUCUCUCGGUAUCGGAGCAACAAGGGUAUCCUUCGCGCCAGCCGGGAGGGUUACUAGGGCUAGAAGCGACGAAAGAAUCCUUGCGGUGGCUGUGGGAGUCUAGAUUUGCUGCUGUUGCUGGGGAUUCGCCUAGUUUUGAGCGAGCACCUGUUAAUGGUCCGUAUAAUGAUCCCAACGUGUCGAUUCAUCAGUGGGCUUUAGCGGGGUGGGGACUUCCUUUGGGAGAGAUGUUUGAUUUGGAGGAGUUGGCCAGGACGGCGAAGGAGUUGGGAAGGUAUUCUUUUUUUUUGACGAGUGUUCCUCUUAAGGUUCCUGGUGGAGUUGCAAGUCCCCCGAAUGCAGUAGCGAUAUUCUGA